UCCCCGCACCUGCUCUGCUUCUCUGCUGCUGCAGCUAGGUCGGCGCUGGCGUCGAGGUGACCGCGCGUGAAUUUGGGCCGAUGGGAUGGCCGGGUGUUGCAGCGGGUGAGCUGUGAGCGCUGGUAGCCCAGGUGCCGCUCCCUCGAGCGCAGGCUAGCCUUUGCGCUGGGAAAAGGUGUGUGACUAACCCGUGGUGUUAAUCCUGCUGUCAGUGAACGGGAGCGGAUAGUGGUGAACCUGGAUAUCCGUCCUCUGUGCGCCUCUUAGGCACGCGGUCUUGAGCAGAAACGCUGGCCAGCUCCGAGAGCUAUUGGCGAAUAUGAAGAGCUUAGAGCAGAAAAUAAGAAAACGAAAGCGGAGUGUGACAAAAUCAAACAAGAACGAGAUGAGGCUGUCAAAAAACUGGAGGAGUUUCAGAAAAUUUCUCAUAUGGUUAUUGAGGAAGUAAACUGUAUUCAGAACCAUCUUGAAAUUGAGAAGACGUGCCGUGAAAGUGCUGAGGCUUUGGCUUCUAAGCUGAACAAAGAAAAUAAGACCUUGAAAAGAAUUAGUAUGCUUUAUAUGGCGAAACUGGGCCCAGAAAUUAUCACUGAAGAGAUUAACAUUGAUGAGGAAGAUUCAUCCACAGAUACAGAAGCUAGCUCUGGAUCAUGCAACUCUGUGCAUUGUCAACGUCAAAUAAAAGAGCUGCGAGAUCAAAUUAUAGCUGCUCAUGAGGAAAAGAAGACCUUAGCCAUUGAACUGGAAAAUCUGAGGUGCAAACUUGUAGAAGUAAUUGAAGAAGUGAAUAAAGUGAAAGAAGAAAAGGCAGUUUUGACAACGGAAGUUAGUAAGCAACAAAAACUGUUGGAAAAGUGUAACAGAGUGUCUGUGCUGGCAGUAGAGGAAUAUGAAGAACUUCAUGUAAAUUUUGAACUGGAAAAGAAUCUACGGAAGAAAGCAGAGUCAUUUGCACAAGAGAUGUUUAUUGAACAGAACAAGAUGAAAAGGCAAAGUCAGCUGCUUCUGCAAAAUUCUGCUCCUGAUCAACAGCUUUUGAAAGCUUUGGAUGAAAAUGCUAAGCUGACUCAUACAUUAGAAGAAGAGAGGCUUCAACAUCAACAAAAGGUCAAAGAAUUGGAAGAGCAGCUAGAAAAUCAAGCACUACAUAAGGAAAUUAGUCGUCUUAAACAGCAGCUAGAACUUUUGGAAGAAGAUAAAAAGGAACUAGAGCUUAAGUGUCACAGCUCUGAAGAAAAGGCUAGAGACCUAAAGCAUUCAGUUGAUGAACUUCAAAAACGAGUACACCAGUCAGAAAAUCCUCCACCACCUCCUCCACCACCACCACCUCCUCCUCUUCCUCCUCCUCCUCCUCCUAACCCGAUACGGUCUCUCAUGUCAAUGAUUCGUAAGAGAUCUCACUCCAACACCAAUGUGAGCAAGAAGGAGAAACCUCCUCAGCAGGAGUCAGGUGAAGAAGUUACGGAUCUGAAGAGACAAGCUGUUGAAGAAAUGAUGGACAGAAUUAAAAAGGGAGUUCAUCUGAGACCAGUCAACCAGUCAAGCAGACCUAAAACAAAGCCAGAAACACCAAAACCCUCUGAAAGUGCAAUGAAAGAACUGAAAGGGAUUCUGGAAACACUUAACAAAUCUACUAGUUCCCGAAGCUUAAAAUCCCUUGAAACAGACAGCAGCGAAACAGAGCUAGAACGAGUUCUGCGACGCCGAAAAGUGACAACUGACCAGGACAGUGGCAGUCCCACUGGAAUUCUGGCCACAUCAGAAUCAAAAUCUCUGCCUGUGCUGGGCUCAGAAGCCAGCGCUGCUCAAACAGCAUUGAACAAGAAAGAACUGGAGACGGAAUUCAGUUGCACAGCACCUGAUUCAGAUCCUGUUUCUAACCAGCUAAAGGGUAGCACAAGUUCCAAGGGUACAUCGAAAUCACCUAGUCAUACAGGAUUUACAAGAAAAGCUUCUACCAGUGAAAAAGAGACAGAAUCUGUUGUAGUUUUAGAUCCUGUUUCCACCAGUGGGGAGUCUGAAAACAUGCUAAAUCAACACAAAAAGAAGGAAGAAAAAAGCAAAGCACUGCAUAAAGAAACUAGUAUCGAGAAAAUAAAAGAGACAGACAGUUCUAGUUGUUAAUUGUUAUGCCAAAAGGCUGUAACUUUUGGGAUUCUAUAUCUGGACAUGUAAAUUGCUUAGGUGUGUUACAAGGGGCUACAGUCUGUACUCCAAACAGUUUUCAAUAAUACCAAUUGAAACUCUUUUUUAAUGCAGUUUUGUUAUAUGAAUUAAUGGAUUAAAUAACUAUGCAUUACCCAGUCCUUUUUACAUUUUAAUUUCACUGGUAUGGUUAAUAUUUUCUUAGAUACUAUCGGUUACCUGUUCUUUAAAACUGUGGUUAAAAAGGGUUUUUUAAUUAUUCUUUUCAUGAAAAGAUUCUUUUUAAAGGUCUGUUCUAAAGCUUGCUGGAAGCCCCUUGCAUCCGUCUUGACUUGAAUGGGCUUUGGGUUAGACCCCAAGAAGGUGAUCACACACAAAAAUCAUCCUUAGUAUGGGAGGUAAUAUCAACAAUGAGAAAAUAAGCCUCAGACACAUUGCCUUAAAAAAUUUUGAUAUCUAUUUAAAACAACGUCCUGGAGAUCUCCUUAUUGCUGUCUCCACACAACCUGUUUUGACUAUUUUGAAAUUUAAAAGCACAAGCAUAACACUUUUGCUUUAGUUUGUUUCCCCAGUAGACAGCUAGUAGGAAGAAUAAAAAGCACAGGCAGUGCAGCACGUCAUUUUGAUACCAAGACUUUUGGUACUGGUAGUCAAAGUCAGAAGUUUGUGGGUUGAGACUGGUGUUGUCAUUUGGAUUAAAAACUCUUCAAAGGA